GUGGUGGUUGCUUCGAGUUUGCACGACGUUUUGGCGUUCGGUGCGCUUUUGAACUAUUUCGCGGUGAUUUUGACAAUCGACCAAUCUGCCCUUUAAAUAAGGUGAGCCGCUGCGAUCCCUCAUCACCACAGACCAAUCGACACCAAGCAAGUUUCCCUCCUUCUCCAUCCAAACUCUCAGCGAUCACCUGCUCCUUCCUGUGGUCAAGUAUUAUGGCCUGCACUCAGGAGGUUGUGUUCGACGUGAACCUGAUCGAGAACAGCAGGCUGGAGAACGGCCUCGCCGGCUGGGCGCCGGUCGGCUCGUGCACGACGCUGUCCGUGCACAAUGAGGUGCCGGCCAAGGUCCCCACCGAGACGAUCAACACCGUCGGGGACGACUACAGCCCGAGCGGCCGGUACAUCCUCGCGUCGGGCCGCGCCGACGAGACGAACGGGCUGUGCCAGGCGAUCACGGGCGCGCUCAAGCCCCGGGUCACGUACCGCGUCGCCGGGUGGAUCAGCCUCGGGGACGGCGCGGAGGGGGUGAGCCACGCGGUGCGCGUCAACCUUCGCGUCGACGACGAGUGCGUGGUCGACGGCGGCGCGGUCUGCGCCGAGGCCGGCAAGUGGACGGAGAUCAAGGGCGCGUUUCGGCUCAAGAAGAGCCCGUGCGGCGCGGCGGUGUACGUCCAGGGCGCGCCCGCCGGUGUCGAUGUGAAGGUGAUGGAUCUCCAGGUCUUUGCCACGGACCGCAAGGCGCGGUUCAGGAAACUCAGGAAGAAGACUGACAAGGUGCGCAAGCGGGACGUCGUUCUCAACUUCGGCGCGGCUGCGUCUGGCAUCUCCGGCGCGUCCAUCCGCGUGAUGCAGAUGGACAGCAACUUCCCGUUCGGCGCCUGCAUCAACACCAGCGUCAUCCAGAACCCGGCCUUCGUCGACUUCUUCACCAAGCACUUCGACUGGGCCGUCUUCGAGAACGAACUCAAGUGGUACCACACCGAGGCGCAGGAGGGGCAGCUCAACUACAACGACGCCGACGCGCUCCUCGACUUCUGUGACCGCUACGGCAAGCCCGUGCGCGGCCACUGCAUCUUCUGGGCCGUCGAGAACACCGUGCAGCAGUGGAUCAAGAACCUUGCCAACGACCAGCUCAUGUCGGCCGUGCAAGGACGCCUCCAGAGCCUCCUCACCCGUUACGCCGGCAGGUUCCCCCACUACGACGUCAACAACGAGAUGCUUCACGGCAGCUUCUACCAGGACCGCCUCGGCGACGACAUCAACGCCUUCAUGUUCCGCGAGACCGCGCAGCUGGACCCGGGCGCCACGCUCUUCGUCAACGACUACAACGUCGAGUGCGGCAACGACCCCAACGCGACGCCGGAGAAGUACAUCGAGCAGAUCAACGCGCUGCAGCAGAAGGGCGCGGCGGUAGGAGGCAUCGGCCUGCAGGGGCACGUCACCAACCCGGUGGGAGAGAUCAUCUGCGAUUCGCUCGACCAGCUCGCCACUACCGACCUGCCCAUCUGGCUCACCGAGCUCGACGUGUGCGAGUCCGACGUCGACCUCCGAGCCGACGACCUCGAGGUGGUGCUCCGGGAGGCGUACGCGCACCCGGCCGUCGAGGGCGUCAUAUUCUGGGGGUUCAUGCAGGGCCAAAUGUGGCGCCAGGAUGCGUGCCUCGUCAACUCCGACGGUACCGUCAACGACGCCGGCGAAAGAUUUGUUGAUCUCCGGAGGGAGUGGACGUCGCACGCGCGCGGGCACAUCGACAGCGACGGACACUUCAAGUUCAGGGGAUACCACGGCACGUACGUCGUGCAGCUCACGACGGGGACGGGGAAGGUGCACAAGACGUUCAGCGUGGAGAAAGGGGACGACACCCCUCUCGUGCUGGACAUGAACCUCUGACGGCCUCCGCUAUUAUUUCCUAGUUAUACAGCCUUCAAAAAUAUCCUGGUUAUACUGAUACAUACAUACUACAUACGGGGUAUAUAGAUUGAUCUGAUCGAACGGAGGGCAAAGGAAUUGCACCACAAACAGAAAGCACUCCGUAAUUUUACAUUUUUAUGGCUGGGUAUUGUAAGAGAAACUUAAGGUAUUGUACUCCUUAAGAAUUACUGGUGAUGAAUAAAGUAAACGAGCUACUCCUCGUUUUAUA